AUGGCUUCUAACGAUGAAUAUGAAACUGUUCUGAUUGACAAUGACACAGAUGCUCAUUUAUGUGCAAAGCUACUUGCAGAAGAAUUUGCUUCAAACAAUGCUCUGUCGAUUUUAAAUCAAUCAACAGCCGAAGACAUUUAUAAUGAAUGGUCUUGGCCGUUAUUGAUCGAUGUGCUUGAUGAAAAAUUAUCGUUUCUUACACGACAUCGUCCAACAAAUGAAAUCGCUGCAACAAUUAUAUCCCAUGAUCUAUUUACAUACUGUGAAAAGAAUCCAUUUGAUGCAACUAGUCCUCCACCCUAUUAUCCAACCGUUGAUUUACAUGAUGAAAUGUUUCAUCGAUUUGUUCAACAUGACUUCGAUCAAGAAUUAAAACCGAAUAUGGUUCUCUUUAUUUCAGCUGUCGUAACACAAUUCAAACAUACAGGAAAAAAGCUAGCUGCUCAAUUAAGUACUCAUGCAUGCAAGCAUGCAAAGGAUACAAAAGGAUUUCGAUAUGCAUUCGUACAAACAUCUAGUGCAGCAACACGUCAUAUAUAUAGUAAAAAAAUGAAUGGAAAAGAAAUAGCCAUUGUUGAUCCAGCAACUUGGAUAUGGAAGAGGACAGAUGAUGUCUUAUCAAGACCAUUCAAAGAUUAUAAAGGUGAACCAGUUGCCAAUAUCCUUGUUGAUCUAAGCGAACUAAAAUAA